GCCUGAGCUGAGAGCAUUGCCUUGAGAGAAGGGUUAGUUUCUUGGGAGUUGGGGAGGGCUGGGCUUUAAAGACAAGAUAGCUCAAAAGACACAGAAAAGAAGGAGAAAAAGACCCCCCCAAGAAAGUAAGAACAGCAAAAGACUUCCCACCUUUUAAUUUGGCAUCUCCAGCCAGAGUCAACGCCGAGCCUGAUAUCUCCUCACAGCUGUCAAUAGAACUUGACCUUUUUACCAGAGUGUUUCCUAUUGUCGCCAUUAUGACUGAGAUUACUGCAGAAGGACCUGUAUCUACCACUACAGUGAUAGACAGCAAGAAUGGAACUGUCCCCAUGCCACACAUGAAAGUGUCCAAGAAGUCAGUUUCAGAAGACUUUGUGACAACAUUCAGCUCGCCAGCAGCAUGGCUACUUGUUGUUGCCCUGAUCGUUACCUGGUCAGCUGUGGCUAUUGUCAUGUUUGAUUUGGUGGAUUACAAAACAUUGGCAGGAAUACAUCAACUUGAUAUUGACACAGAUAAGGGGAAAGCAGAGAUCCCUAGAGGACGUUCUGUGAAUAAACUUGCUACUGACCCACUGAGAAUAAUACAUGGUGCUGUGGAAGAAACCACUGGUUGGGUUUAUGGCAGUCUUUCAUUGCUAUCGGAUCUCAUAUUUGAAGAUGAAGAAGAAAGUGAAAAAGGUGAAGUGGAACCUUCCUUGAAAAUAAAAGAAGCAGGGCAACCACCAGUCAAAAAGAAAGAGUUCCAGAUAGACAAGACUGAAAAACAUGAGACAACUGAAGAAAAGCCUCCACCGAAAGAAAUUCACAAAGAAAAACUCGAAAAACCUGAGAAACCUGAAAAACGAAAGAAACCUGAAAAACGAGAGAAACUUGAGAAACCUGAAAAACAGGAAAAACCUGCAAAACGAGAGAAACUUGAGAAACCUGAAAAACAGGAAAAACCUGCAAAACAGGAGAAACCUGAGAAACUAGAAAAACCUGUACAAAAGGACAUACCUAAAGUGCACAAAGAAAAGCUGGAAAGACUUGAAAAACCUGAGAAAAGAGAAGAGCCUGAAAAGAGAAGGAAAACUAAACAACUGGAACAGAAAGAAAAAACCAUUGUACCUCCCAAGGAGAAGCCUGCAAAACAAGAAAAGCAUAAAAAGAAAGAACCUCCUUCACCAAAAGUAACAGAAAAGGUGAAACCUGAACAAGAAAAAAUUGAAAAGAAACUUCCUCCAAAAGAAAAAAAGAGCAUCAAAGUCGAAGAGAAGGCUAAAAAGGAUGUGAAAGAAGGAAAGCCAGAACCCAAGGCAUCUGAAAGAGAAAAAUAUAAGGAAGCUAAAGUAGAGAAAAUGACAGCACCACCAAAAGCUAAAGCAAAGGAGGAGACAGCAUUGAUGCUUCAAGAAAAGUCAGAAAAGAAAGAUCAAUAUGCAUUCUGUCGUUAUAUGAUUGACAUGUUUGCACACGGGGAUUUUUAUACAGGACCAGCUCCUCACCUCUUCCUACCACAAACUCCAGGAAUGACACCUGCCAUGCCAGAUGCUGAAGUGGGAAAACCUAAUGUGACAGCUACAAAAGCAAUAAAGGAAGAAAAGAGGAAAAAGGUAAUUCAAGAAAAGAAAGCUAUUUCUGAAGUUAAAAAGAAAGAAGUGGAAAAGGAAAAGAAGGUAAUCCAUGAGAAGAAAAUUAUUCCUGAUACUAAAAAGAAAGAUGAAAAAAAGAAAGUAACCCAUGAGAAAAAAAUUAUUCCUGAAAUUAAAAAGAAAGAAACUGAAGAAGAAAAGAAGAUAAUCCAUGCAAAGAAACUUAUUCCUGAAAUUAAAAAGAAAGAAGUGGAAGAGGAAAAGAAGGUAAUCCAUGAGAAGAAAAUUAUUCCUGGAAUUAAAAAGAAAGAAGUGGAAGAAGAAAAGAAGAUAAUCCACGAGAAGAAAAUUAUUCCUGAAAUUAUAAAGAAAGUGGAAGAGAAGAAGAAGGCACCCCAUGAGAAGAAAAUUAUUCCUGAAAUUAAAAAGAAAGAUGUAGAAGAGGAAAAGAAGGUAACCCAUGAGAAGAAAAUCAUUCCUGAAAUUCAAAAGAAAGAGGGAAAAAAGGUAACCCAUGAGAAGAAAGUAAUUCCUGAAAUCAAGAAGAAAGUGGAAGAAGAAAAGAAGGUAAUUCAUAAAAAGAAAAUUGUUCCUGAGAUUAAAAAGAAAGAUGAAAAGAAGGCAAUUCAUGAAAAGAAAAUCAUUCCUGAAAUUAAAAAGAAAGUGGAAGAGGGAAGAAAUGUAACCCAAGUGAGGAAAAUUAUUCCUGAAAUUAAAAAGAAAGUGAAACAGGAAAAAAAUGUAACCCAAGAGAGAAAAAUUGUUCCUGAUAUUAAAGGAAAAGAUGAGAAGAAGGUAACGCAACAGAAGAAAAUUAUUCCUGAAAUUAAAAAAACAGUGGAAGAUGAGAAGAAGGUAACGCAACAAAAGAAAAUUAUUCCUGAAAUUAAAAAAACAGUGGAAGAUGAGAAGAAGGUAACGCAACAGAAGAAAAUUCCUGAAAUUAAAAAAACAGUGGAGGAUGAGAAGAAGGUAAUGCAACAGAAAAAAAUUCCUGAGAUUAAAAAAACAGGGAAAAAAGAGGACAAAAGGAAAGCUCUUGAAAAGACAGCUGUCUCCGAUGUUAAAAAAGCAGAACCAAUACGAAUUAAGCCUUCUCCUCCAUCUGAAAAGAAAGAAGUUUCCAAGACACCAGUGGCAACUAAGCCAGCAGCAACUAAGCCUGCAGUAGUGAAACAACCAAAGAAGGAAGUACCAGUAAAAGCAGCUGUAGCUGUAGAAGCCCAUAAGCUAAAAGAAGCUGAACAAGCUAAACAAGAGCCUACUAUACACCUGACUAAAAAAGCAGCUGUACAUGAAAAGAAAAAAGAUGGACCACUGAAGACAGAGAAGCCAGGACUUGAAAAAGUAAAAGAAGUGAAACCUCCUGGAACCCAAAAACAUAAGGAUAAAGAACUUGCCAAAGGAAAGUAUUGUGGGACAUUGAAAGACAAAGAAUCCAUUAAAAGAAAAGAAGCAAAACCUUCUGCUCCUUCAAAAAUCAAUGGGACCAUUAAAGGAACAGAUUUGACGUCAUUAGUUACUAGCAAGAGAGAUGUUAUAAAAGAAAAAGUGAAGCUUCCAGUUGCUGUCAAAGAAAAAGUUGCAGUGAAACUAAAGGAAGCAAAGCCUCCAGUUGCCCAUGAAAAGAAAGAACCAGCGAUAAAGAAACAAGCAAGCCCAGCCAAAAUAGCACUCAAAGAGAUAAAAGAAGCCAGUGAAACUUCACAUCCUGUUCCUGGAGGCAAGAAAGCUGAGUAUAAACUGCCAACUACAGCAGAGAAGCAUCAUGUACAUAAACAUGAAACUGUAAAACAGGAAAAGACUAUUAUUUCCAAACCAGAAAGAAAAGUCAAGCAGAACAGAACAGCUACUGUUGUCAAAACAGAACAAGAUGCUGUAAAACAUGAAAAAGAAGUUCAAGGAAAACCAGCCAAGUCAAAGGAAACUACAAAACCAUCAGCUGGAAUCACAGUAGCAGAUAAGAAGAAGCCAGACAAGCCUGUGAAGGAAAAAUCAGGAAAAACAGUGCAGAAGGCUCAUUUGAAAGAGGAAAAGGCUAAAGUUCCAGCAGUAAAAAAAAUCCAUCAACAUCAUAAUGUGACAACAGGCAAGAUUUCAAAAGCUUCAAAGUCAACAGCUUCUAUCCGCUACUAUCAGUGUGUCUUUCUAAAUGGAUACAAUGGGUAUACAUCGCAACAGCCUAUUACUCCAGCUCAAGAUUCCAAAGGGAAAGGUGGACAAUCAAAGUCAAGAACACUGAAACAGUAGAGCGCACAACCUAUAAAGGUUUGACAGUUUUGCACUUGAUGCCUUCUAUGGAGGGCGAUAUGAAUCCACUGUCCUAUGUGAUCAUGGAAAUAUGAUCCAACAGGUCACAUGGACCUGGACAUGUUUUCUGCUCUUCAUCAGAGCAGAUGCAGUAAAAGAAGGGCAGAUGUAGCAGUGUUUGAAGGAGUAUCCAAGUACCCCUUUCUGGGAGGAAAGGCAGUGGUGGUGAAAUAGUACUUGACAGAAAGUAAUUUUGUGUGCAUAUGCUUGCAUUUAUUUGUGAUUCUUUCUUCUCAUUAUGUUUCUGGUUUGUCUUCUCACAAAAAUUUUACAUGUAAUUGUCCUUGAGACAAAUGACCUACUUGAAACAAAAAUCAGAAAGAAUAACUUGUGCCACUGUUUGCAAUUUGUUAGGAUUUUGCUGAAUUAUGGAUUAAUUUCAGGCAGUUUCACGGAGUCACAUACCUGUUUUAGGAAUAUAUUCAUUUUUGUCAUUAGGAAUUCAGUAAAAAAUUCAUUAUACAAUAUCACAGUGAUUAUCUUGAAGGCAAAUUUUUUUAAAACCCUCAUUUUUAGUUACUAAGAACAAAAUCAGGGAUAUCACAAUCAGAAGCUAAUGACUGAAUUAAUGGAUAAAGAAACCAAAUUAAAAUUAAAAUUUAGAGAAUUGUAGGAGUAGACUCAAUGUUUAAGAUCAUCGAAAUUGUUGCCAGCUGUAUUCAGUAUUAGUGUGCUGUGUUCAGUAUUAGUAUGCCAUAUGUUACAUGGAUAGAGCUAGAUACUGGAGAAGAUAGCUACUGGUGCUGGAGAAGCCAAUGUAGAACUUAGGGGAAAGGGCAUCUCAUAAAUCAAAUCAAAUUAGUAAAAUAAUAUAUAAACUAUAUUACUAUAGUAAAACAGAAAUACAGAAAUACAUAUUCUGAUUUAAAUGUUUGGUUGACGCAAAAGACAAAAUAUACAUCUGGUCAAUUUUGCUGGAUAAAAACUGAAUCCUUCUCAAAGCUUUUAGCCAUACAUCUUUCCAAAAAUUAGACUUCACUAUUUUCACAUAUAACCUAAACCAUAUUUUUUAUUUGAAAGGAAGUGAGUGAGCAGAUUUCUCAGCAUCAGUAGAAGGUAUACUGUCAGUCCAGUUGAAGAUGUGUAGUACUGUAUUUUAACUGUCCGUAAAAAUAAGUGUCCUUGCAAACUGUGUGCUUAAUAUAUUUACACAUUUCAUCUGUGAUGUUGUAUGUUUUUGUUUACAAUGUUAAACCUCAUGGAUUAUCUUAGGAUAAUUCGUUAAAUACGCCAUCUUAUAUGAGAUGAUAUUUAUUUGAUGAGAUGGCACAAGUUUUUGGAUACUCUAGAGGCUCUACCAGUUCACAACUGAGUAUGGAUCUGUUUUGUUCAUCUUGAGGUUGAGCUCAGAGUGAUGAACCAUUGCUAUUCAAUUUUUGCAUCCAUUUUGUGAGGAAGGGGAUAACGUCCACAACAUGUUGGACUGGCACCUGAAUCACAAAGGGGCAACGUCUUGGUGAGAGAGAUAGAAGAACUAUGCCGAUAGCUUAUCCUAGUGAGAAGAAUAACUCUUUGGGAGUAACUGACUAAUAGCAUUGCUUCCUUUGCUACAAACUUUUCCAUGGAUAAGCAAAUAAAUAUGUGUGUAUCAAUAUGAGAACUUUCACUAAAAUAUUUUAAAAAUGAACUACUACAACACUAUUUCCUUAGUGAUCCUUAGUGAAAUGGACUUCUGGUAUGUCUCAGCACAAGCUGUGCAUGCCUUGAGAGGUGACUGACCUCUACUUUUGGAAUUCAGACUUUUAAAACUUAAUACCUCGUAAGAAACAUGAAGACUUUUAACCGUGCCUGAUUAUGUGGAGAGGCUGCAGAGCUGGCAUCACUUAAUUUUGCCGCCAGUCUACACAGAUCAGGAAUGAACUAGAAGAAUGAGUGUAGAAGUUUCAGAGCCAGCUAUUGAAUCUGGCCUAUUGUAGGUGAAUGACAUCCACCUCCAAACCUUACUGUACACAGAAACCUUCAGGUUCUGUUAUUUUUUUUCUUAUACUUUGACAAUGUGUCUAUCAGUAGUCAUGCUUAAUAAAAUAUAGUUGAAUCUGCUUUCCAGUGACCUGCCCAUUUCAAAUACAGCUUUGUUUAAACACAACAAAGCAAGACUUUCUUUGCAUUUUAUUUGAAUACUGCUUAUUAUAAGGUGGCUUUAUUUAUAUUUGAGCUUUUUAAAAUGUAGGUUUAGCGAAGCAUGCCCCUUCUCAAUUUAACUGAAACAAUAACUUAUUUGGGAGUCCCAUUCUUCACCUUUUUGCUCCUGGUAUCAGUAUGAAGCCAGGAAGCAAGCAGCUGGUUUUCAUCAGAGUGUAAAUCAAAUGUCCAUCAUUCAUUUGAGAACCAGUAAACGUUUAGUUUUGCAGGCAAGGGGAAUGUUGCAUCCUUCACAGAUCUGUUUAUUCUGAAACCUUGAUAAGCCAUGAUAUGAAAGGCAUGCUCUAAAUAAGCCUAAUUCUUAAGCAUAAAGGUCUGAUAGUGAUAUAGUAAAUUUUAUAUCUGUUUUAGAAUCUAAAGAAGAAAUUUAUUUGUAAAGAUAAUGGUUCUUUUAUCUAUGUUUGUGAGAAAAUGUACUUGCCAUCACAACAAAGAAACAGGAGUGGUACUUUAUUACUUAGAAGCAAUCACUUACUAAUAUUGUUCUGUAUGGGCCUCCCUCGGGAUUCUAAGCCAAAUACUUUUUUUCCUCAUGUUUUUAAUCCUGGAUAGUGCUUUGAUGUGAACAGAAAGAUCAAAAGCAAAAUUCCAAGGACUAUGCUUACUAGUUCACAUUAUGAUCACAUGCUUCAACGUCAUCUUCAGUGGAAAAAUACUGGCCCUAAAUGUUCUAAUGGCUCUUUUAAUGGAAGUAUAAAGUCCUGUAAGUACACUGGACUGGAAGAAUAAAGCUCUGGUGUGUAUCCAAAAAGAAGAACAAGAACGAACCAACAUUAAAUAAGCAACCCAGAUUGCUCAGGUCACUCUCCUGACCUCGGAAAAGUCAAGAACUGUUGUUGAUGGCAAUGGAUGUAAAAUUUUACCCUGAAAUAUAGGUCAUCUGUUUAUGGCUAACUGGUGACUCACCAUAA